CGUAACGUUCAUGUAGGGAGCGGCUUGCAAAAGUGUAUUGUGAUUAGUUAUUUGAAUUUCUAGUGAUUAAUUAUUCUUCCCAAGGUUUAUAAUUAUGUCAGAAGAAGUGGUGAAGAGUGAGGAUAUAUGGACUCCAUAUAAAGAGAUGCAGAGUAUAGUUGAAGCAGUUGUUUCCAGACCUGUUCAAGGUGUGCUGAAGCAGGUGGAAGGUGUUCUUCGGAAACACAAACAAAAUUUCAUCACAUUACUUAAAAACCCACCCAAGAAUUCUAAGAGUCGUGAAGAGUUGUACAAAGGGAUUACUGAAGGUGUUUCACUUCCUGGAAUUGGACACCAGAUUUUGCCAAAAGAGCUGGUGGAUGAAGCAAUCAUUAUAUCAGAUAUGUAUGACCUGAAUGAAUACAUAGCCCUGGAUCUUCUGUGCACAGCUGAACAGCAAAUGCCAUAUUACCCUGGACUGACACGUGGCUUGGUAGCAGUUCUGCUGUAUUAUGAUGGGCGUAAAUCAAUUGCAACAACACUUCGUGCACUUGUCCAGGCCAGAAGAGGCAUUUCUUGGACCAUGGAUUCCUCUGAAGAAGUGUUGACAUAUAUCACUGAAUAUACGCAAGAACUUAUGGAGUAUGGCCUCAUCAACAAGAUUCUGGAGUUAUUACAAACACUGGACCUUUCAAAGGAGAUUGAGCUACUCCAGCAGAAUCGAGCCCUCGGUGGUCCUCAUCAUUACCGUCAGGUAGAAGAUUUGUUCACUGGUAUUCGGCAGACGCUGGCAGAUGUCAUCUAUUUCUGGGCAGCUCAGUGUGGUCUCCCCAAGGACCCUACCUUCAAGUUGAUAAGUCACUUGAAAGCUACAACUCUGCAAGAAGAUGCUACAGGAGGUAUUGAUAAUGUGACUCUUACCCUGAUAAUGGCUUUGCUGUAUGCUCUAGAUUUGAGUAUUCUUCAGCAACGAGAGAAUGGAGAGCAACUUGUGCAGAAGUUGCCACUCUUAGCGGAACCAGACUUUAUCAGAGAUUUGAUACAUCAACUGCCCCCUUCUGGUGGCAGAGGUUGGGAAUGUUCAGGUUUACAGGGACUGGUAAAUCUUGCCUGGGGUUUAUCUUUGGCCACACUUCAUCUGGCACCCUCAAAUCUUCACCCAGAAGAAGGUUCUAUUGAUGAUGAUGAUUUACUUGUGGAUGCAGCCAUUGACAUGAAAGCAUUUGAUUUUCUUCAUCAUACGAUUCUAGAGAAUGAGACUGUUUAUAAAGAGGAAUUUUAUAUAAAACGGUUACAUUGCCUCUUGACUGACUUCAUUGUGUUGAUGCCUCUAAAACUGAAAGACCUUCGCAAUAGAGCAGAUGAGACUGCACGCACCAUACAAGUUUACACCCAUGAGGGAUUGGAGCCUCCGUCUCACCUCCCUCGUCACUAUGAGCACCUGCUGAUUGCUAUAGCUCGGUUGUACCAGAACACCAACACCCAAGGGCAUUUGAAAUUGAAUUUAGUGUUGGAUUAUUGGAAAUCAGCUGACGUUUUGCCUGCGGCUGCAUCUGGAUCCACAUCCUACCAUUUCCGCUCAUCAACCAGACAGACAUCUCUGUCCAAGUUUGUAAGUGGGUGUGCUGACCUGUUGCCAGCACUUCUGUUUGUGCCAUACAUGAAGAUGCUGUGCAGCCUGGCAUCACACCCACAGGCUGCUCGACAUGCUUUCAACCUCCUCAAACAAAACGUCCUGGGGAACUCAGUGAAUGUCUCUUGGGAUCAUUUCUUCCAGUCACUGAACAGGUAUUACAGUAAUUUACGUCAAGAACUACCCCCUACCACAGACACUGUAUACAGACAUAGGAACUACCCACGAGGCAUCACCCCUCAGGAGAUUCAAGGUCUUCAGGCUGUUUUGGCAGUCAUCCGAACUAUAGCAGAAAAUGAUGAAAUGGCUCGAGUUGCACUGUGUGACAACCCAAAUUGGGCCCCUCUCACUGUUUUGUUAGGCUUGGUCAGUUGCUCUGUUCCUAUUCCACUCAAGGCAGAGUUGCUGCUAACUCUUGCAGCACUUGCAAAAACUCCAAAUAUUGCUGCUACUUUGUGGCACAACUUGGAGGCAUCACAAAUUCUAACUACAGUGGCAAGCACAAGUAAUUAUCAACCACGUGGCAUUCAGACAGAGCUGGAAGAGAUUGAGUCCCGCAAUGAGGAGUUCCCUCUCACUAGGGCCCUGUUACACCUGCUAGAUGUACUGACAGAUGUUCCAGUUCCAAGGUUGCUGGGUGUAGGCACCCGAACCCCGGGCUUUGACCCCUACCUGAACUUUGUCAUCAACUCGGUGUUUCUACGUUUUAACACUCGUUCUUACAAGAAUUCAGAUGAGAAGUGGGCUGUUGCUAAAGGCUGUCUGAAAUUGAUGACCAAGUUCCUAUCACAAUAUGAGCCUCGAGCUGAGGACUUUGUGGGAAGUCACGUGGAGCUACAGAGUGGCGGUACUGCCCAAGUGAACCCUCACCCAGGUUACCACAUCAUGGUCUACCUCAACACGAAGUCAGAACUGUUAAGACUGGUGUUGUUUCUUUUGGAUGAGGGCUGUCACCUCUUGGACACGUAUUCAGUGUUUCCUGGGAAAGAAUUGCUAGAAGAUAGUAUGUUGAGCUGCCUGGAUCUGCUGGACAGAGCCUUGGCACAUCAGCAGAAGUUCUUCACAUUUAUAAGCAACUCAGGUUGCUCACUGCUUCUUGCUGGACUCAACAAACUUUUGCUUGGUGUCAACCCUCGUAGUGGCAAACCUGACCACCUUCUGAAUGUGACUAAAUAUGUAACAUACAGUGCAUGGCUCCCUCAUCACGCACUGUCUUCAGUAAGGAUUCUGCUGGCCAUUACCAUGUAUCCUACUUCACACAAUCAGCUUAUUAGUGCAUUCACCUCAUCUCAGGUGCACAGGAUGGAGAUUCGUCAUGGUUUUGUGGAAUGCCUUGAAGCAGAUGAAAUUUUUUCUGGAGAUGAAAUUGACGGUGAGGAAAUGGGUGUCGUGGGAAAGACGAAGGAAGCCAUUCUGAAACUCUUGCAGCAGUGUUUGUCUCAUUCAUCACCAAAUCUUGCCCACUAUCUGUUUGGUUUUGAAAUUAACAAGGAUAUUAAGAAAUCAACAUUUCAGCAACCUGGUGUCAUGGGAUUCCCUCGAACAUGCCUUCACUCUUUACUCACCAUCUUGGAUUCAUCAAUUACUGCGCAGUCUAUGUCAUCUUCAGCAGUUCCUAAGCCCCGAUUGCUGGACUCUGCGUAUUGCAUGCUAUAUUCACUUUGUGCAAAUUCUAAGACUUCGGAACCUGUUCUGAGAUUUUUGCGAUCUUGCAAUGAUUUCCUUGCUCGGCAUUUAGCAAGGCUUCCAUUCACCAGUGAACCACAUCAGUCUUCAGAGCUGAACCAGAUGGCCUGGCUGCUGAAAACGGUGGCUAUUGAAUUAAAAGUAACAGCUUCUCAGAUGCAUCACUCACAGUUGGGAAACCUCGUGAACUUGUUGGUACGGGAGCAAGGUGAAGAGAUGGUGGCUGUCUCUGUAGAAGAGAAUGCACCAUCAGAAAUGACAGAGGUGACCACCAUCAUGCAACUCAGCCACUACUUGGCAACACCCAGCACAUUUGCCAGUGCAACUCGCCACCGUGAUCCUCUUCUGUUGAGACUGCUUCACUUCCUUGAUUUCUCUCUGGACCGUGUGACAGCACCCAACUGGGAAUUCUUUGAACCUUCUCAAGUAGAACAGGUUCUUGUACAGUGUGAAAUGUCGGUAACAGGGAGUGGAUUGAAGUUAAUAGAUGUGAAGAAAUUGCACCGUAUCCUCAUGGAGGAGCUGACAGCGAUUCAGAGCAGCUCCACUGCUGGUCAACGACAGCUCAUAUUGCAGGAGAUUCAGGCUGUACUGAUGUAUGCUCUGAAGCACAAUGUUCAUCGUUCUCAUGUGGGAUCAACAGUGUGCUAUAUGGAUGCAUGGCGUCAAGUAUCUGAGGUUCUGUUUGCAGUUACACCACCUGAGGUUCUUCCAUUUGAGUUACGCAAGCAGCUGCUUCUGGAGACUGUUCACUUGCUGCUGAGGAAGGUACUGCUGCAAGAUGCAUUGCCUGAGUUGGCAAACUUGGCAUCAGGAGUGGUUUUACUUCUGCUGGUAAACCUUCGUCAUUGCUUAAUGUUGAAGCAGAAGGAAGCAAAAUUUGGACCAGUGAAGGACCAUCUUGGUAGCAGCAUUUCUGGUAUACCAGAUUAUUUUGAUACCUGUAAUAUGCCAUCACUUCAAGCUAACACUGCAACACUAAAAGUGAUCUUGUCCAGUAUUGUUGAAUGGAUAUUGAAAUCAGGCAUUGCGUCACAGCAGCUGAGAGCAAAUUUGUAUGGUGCUCUUCUGAAUUUCUUGCACAUCGCAUGUAUUGGUGGAACAUUGGUGCCAGAGGUGCCUAGUGAGGAUACAAAAACAAACAGCCUCUUUGUGAGUCGACUGGACAGCUCACGGUAUCGGGCAGGUGUUACUGAACAACGCAGCCAGUGCCAAGCUAGUAUGGAUGUUAUUGUUGGCUUUGGUGAAGGACUAGUCGAUGUUUUAUGUCAUGAUUGCACAGGAGGUCAUGAUGUGUGUAAGAUGUUGGCCCUGUCAUGUCUGGACAAGCUCAUAGAGCUGGAUCCUCACACCAGCUGGGUUUCAUUUUUGUCAUCACAUGGCUAUCUCAAACACCUAAUUGACAGCUUACUAGAUUCUGAUGAGAAACUUCUUUCAGUACUUGAAACAGUUCCCACUACGCUCCGUCCACUCUACCUGUAUGAAUCUAAAAUGGCAUUGCUGUGUCGUAUUGCAUCCACCCAUUCUGGUGCGGAGUUGUUGCUAGAACAUGGCACGUUUUCCUGCCUUUCAUCCAUGGCAGUAUUUGACCACCACCCUGAUAUUGUCAGGUCAAAGUAAG